AUGUCGCCCAUUGUGGUCAUGACGGAUGCAUCGACUGCAGUGUGCGAAGGCAUGCCGGCUACGGGGCUGUGGUCAGAACCUCCACCACUUGGAGCUGGAAGCAGUGUUCUUAGCGCUAAAGGAUUUUCGGCCACAGCUAUAACAGCGGCCUGGAGAUGCUGUGACAUCGUGCUGGCCAGCAGCCAGGCUGUAUGCUUUUCCUCCGAUCAAGACAUUGCCGCUGGUGUUAUGCAAAAUCAGGGAGGAGGGGACUUCGGAUACUCGUUGACCCGAACUGGCCGAACCAGCCUUGGUUCCAGGACCCCUGACAGAGCUGCUGGUGGCACCGCCCUGGCCGAUCUCCAUCAGGUAGGAUCUGCUGUCUCAAACGAGUGGCUCGGUGUGGCACCCGAACCCAGAGAUAUGGAGCCUUCAUGUGUGGCUGCUUCAGGGAUAUCAGAGGAGCUGACCGCCCUGCAUUCUCGGGGAGGAGGGGACUUCGGAUACUCGUUGACCCGAACUGGCCGAACCAGCCUUGGUUCCAGGACCCCUGACAGAGCUGCUGGUGGCACCGCCCUGGCCGAUCUCCAUCAGGUAGGAUCUGCUGUCUCAAACGAGUGGCUCGGUGUGGCACCCGAACCCAGAGAUAUGGAGCCUUCAUGUGUGGCUGCUUCAGGGAUAUCAGAGGAGCUGACCGCCCUGCAUUCUCGUGUGCUUGACAUACUCUCGGAGGCGCGGGCACCCUCCAUGAGGCCAUGGGUCGGCUCUCUCUCGAUGGGCAUGAUCUUCUUCUGCUCGCCGAUCGUCAGUGUGUUCACCGAUCUGCUCGGCUGCCGGAUUACAGCAGUUGGAGGGGCAGCGGUGGCAUUUGUGGGACUUCUGGCCAGUUCCUUUGUCACGUCUCUCGGGCCGUUGUACUUCACCUACGGCAUAGUCUUCGCCUGUGGCUGCAGUUUUGCAUAUCAGCCGAGUCUGGUGAUCCUAGGUCACUAUUUCAAGCGGAGGCUGGGCCUGGUGAACGGCAUCGUGACGGCGGGCAGCAGCGUGUUCACCAUCACGCUCCCGUACAUGCUGUCCGGCCUGCUAACGCGCGUGGGACUCGCCUACACGCUGCGUGUGCUGAGCAUCUUCAUGUUCAUGCUUAUGCUGGCGGGAUUUACCUACAAACCCCUGCUGCCCAAACCCGUCAGCAGCAGCAAGUCGGGCAGCCGCUGUCCUUCGCUCAGGAGGGUGUUUAACGUGCACAUCUGGAGGUCUCUGGGAUACCGCAUAUGGGCCUUUGGGAUCCCUGCGGCCCUGUAUGGAUACUUCGUGCCUUACGUUCAUCUGAUGAAGCAUGUGGAGGAGCGCUUCGGUGCGGACGCUAAUAAAGAGGUUCUGCUCAUCUGUAUCGGCAUCACGUCUGGAGUGGGCCGUCUGAUCUUCGGGAGAGCGGCUGACUAUGUCCCUGGAGUCAACAAAGUGUUCCUGCAGGUGUCCUCGUUCCUGGUGAUCGGGCUGAUGUCGAUGAUGAUUCCUCUGUGUCAUGUGUUCGGUGGACUCAUUGCCGUGUGUCUGCUCAUGGGUCUGUUCGACGGAUGCUUCAUCUGCAUCAUGGCUCCCAUCGCGUUUGAGCUGGUGGGCUCCCAGAACGUGUCGCAGGCCAUCGGCUUCCUCCUGGGCAUGAUGUCCGUCCCCAUGACCGUCGGGCCUCCCAUCGCAGGGUUCCUCAGAGACCGUCUGGGCAGCUAUGACGUGGCGUUUUACCUGGCAGGCAUUCCUCCGAUCAUCGGCGGGGCCAUGCUGUGCCUGAUCCCGUGGGUAGAGGCGCGGAGAAGGAGCAAGGAGGCGCAGCCGGUGACUGAAGCCACCGAGAAGAUGCUGGAGAGCAAGAGCGGCUUGCAGGUCGAGGUGAAGCCAGAAGAGCCCGAGUCCGUCAUCUGAGAGUGUUUACAGCGGACAGACAGACAUGUGUGUGUGUGUGUGUGUGUGUGUGGAGAGUCCUGAUGUGAUUUUCUAUUCCUGCAGGAACAUGCAGACCGGGCAUAAAACAGGGCUUCUCCACCUAUGUGAUUUAUGAGCUAUGCAUCUCUCAGAAAGUUUCCUUGAAUAUUUUUGUACUGAGCUUCUGGCCUUUAAAAGGGAAGUGAAAGUAAGACAAUCGUCGGUUAAGAAGGGAAGGUGUUUGCUGGUGCUUCGACGGGUGUAGCCCUGAGAGAAGAAUCAAGGG